CCCCAUUGGCCUCCCACCCUCUCCGAGGUAGCAACAAACAAAGGGACCACCCUCUCCCAUUAUUAAUUCAACUUCUACUCCCAUCAAUCCUCCCACCUGCGGACCGAUAGAGUAAAACCUCCGGCCAUAUCAUUUCCAGCCUAUCCAAUUGUUCAAGACUCGAACUCCUUGAUCACAUGGAAGAGCUCAUCUCGCCCUCCUCCUCCUGCUCUCCUUCUCCUCCGCCUCCCUUCCUCUCCAUCCCUACCGUCCAGACCGCCGCCGUGGGUCCAAACCUCCAGCAGCGCCUCCAGUACCUUCUCCAUGCCCGCUCCGAGUGGUGGGCCUACGCCAUCUUCUGGCGCGCCUCCCCGGACCACCACCUCCUCUCCUUCGGCGAGGGACACUUCCGCGGCACCCGCGAUGUCGAUCGGAAGCCGCACGGGCUACGAAGCCGCGUCGGUGGCAUCCAGGCCCUCCUCAGCGAGGUCACCGGCACCACCGCCGGCGACAUCGCCUCCGACGGCGACGACGUCGAGUGGUUUUACGUGGUGUCACUGACCCGGUCGUUCGCAGCCCAGGAGCCGGUGCUCCCCGCCCGCGCCUACGGGUCCCUGGCGCCCGUCUGGGUGGCGGGCGCCCACGCACUGCAGACCUGCGGCUGCGACCGCGCCCGCGAGGCCCAGCUCCACGGCAUCGAGACGCUGGUAUGCGUCCCCCUUUCUGGGGGCGUUCUCGAGCUCGGCUCCUCCGACCUCAUCGGGGAGAACUGGGUCCUCGUGCAACAGGCCAAGGCUAUUCUCUCUGCGCCCGACGACGCCAUCGUCGGGCCGAUGGUCCCCGCGCCGCCCCUGGUGAUGAAUAAGGUGGCAGGUGCCGGCAUCACUGGCCUGUCAUCCUCGGUGGACUCGGAGCAUUCUGACUCAGAGGGUGCGCUGAUGAUGGAACAGCGCCGGCCGAAAAAGAGGGGGCGGAAGCCAGGGACCGGGCGGGAGACCCCGGUCAACCACGUGGAGGCGGAGCGGCAGCGGCGGGAGAAGCUGAACCACCGCUUCUAUGCGCUGCGUUCGGUGGUUCCGAACGUGUCAAGGAUGGACAAGGCGUCGCUUCUGGCGGACGCCGUGUCCUACAUCAAGGUGCUGAGGGCCAAGGUGGAGGAGCUGGAGGCCGAGGCCAAGAGGAUCAAGAAGGAGGUAAUAGGGGACCAGGGCGUCGGCGGGGCGGCUACUACUAGUACCACCACCACUGUGUCGUCAGGGCCGCUGACGAUGGAAUUGGAGGUGAAGAUGCUCGGGCCGGACGCGCUAAUCAGAGUACAUUCGGAUAAUCUGAACCACCCGACGGCAAAGUUGAUGGGAGCGCUGCGGGACCUGGAGGUGAACGUACACCAUGCAAGCGUGUCAACCGUGAAGGAGGUGAUGCUGCAAGAUGUGGUGGUGAGGGUGCCCUACGCGCUGCAGGGCGAUGAUAGCCUCCGGGCAGCACUGCUCAGCCGGUUGGAGAAGAACUGAUAAGCUUCACCUCUCCUCUUGCUUGCCUAUCUUUGGUUUACUGUGUAUGUAGAAUAAAGUCUGUGUAACAAAGGUUCUAGAUGGUUGGACUGGGUAGAAAUGGACGGGUUUAGUAGGGUGGGGGUUGCCCCAAAUUUAGGAGAGUUUGUUCUCAAACAAAUAAAAGGUUAGCAAUUGAUGCU